AGCCACAUCUUUGUGUUGAUGUAGGAAAGCACCGCGCUACGCUGUAGCACGGGUGCAGCUCUUAAUUCAACCCAACAGAAACCAUUGUGUAGAUCUACAGGGUUGUAUUUGUUUGCACAGAGGUGCGUCAGGGCGGCCUGGACGCACUUUUAAUCAGCGGGGAAAAGACAAUUAGUGCGCGAGGGGACACUUGACUUUUCCGGAGGAAACGCAGAUUUACCGCUAAACAUUUAGCGCACUUACACAUAUUAAAUCAGCUUCACCAUAUAAGUUGCCGCUCAGCUUUCUGCAACGAUAACGAAAUAAAUAAUGGCUCCGCUGCACGUCAGACUAGCCUGUUCAGUUCAGAAGAACACAGGGAGAGUGACAAGGACGGAGAGAGGGAGAAAGAAAGGGGAGGGGAAGUGACAUUAAAGCAACACAACAAGGAAACUACACUGCAGAGCCCACAGACGCCUUCAUUUUAUGUUUUUGAAUAAUAGCCGGAGCUAGUGAGGCGAAGUGUCUGAGUGAAAGGCAGCCCCCACAGAGAGCUCCAGCUUUAAGUGUCCGGGGAGAAAGCGGCUUUUGGACCGAGCUGGAUUUAAAGGCGCUCUCCGUCUCCUUCACAGACAUGGGAUCAGAGCCACCAGGUUCCCCGCAGGUGGUGGAGGAUGGAGGUGAGGAGGAUGAGGAGGAGCUGAGUGGAGGCGAGGAGGCAGAGUUUCGGUCCAGCUCGGGCAGGGGCUCCCUGCUGACCCGGAGGGGCAUCACCCUGAGAGUGCUGCUGAAGGACGGGCUGGUGGAGCCUGGGGACGGCGUGUUGGCCAUCCACUACCUGGGUAAGAACUUUGUUGGGGACUUGCUGAACGACGGGAAGAUCCGAUGGGUGGAGACGGGCCAGAUCUUCAAUUCCCCCAGCGCCUGGGCGACGCACUGUAAGCGUCUGGUGAACCCGGCCAAGAAGUCCGGCUGUGGCUGGGCGUCUGUGCGCUACCGAGGGCAGAAGCUGGCCCAGUACAAGACCACCUGGCUGCACAAAUAUCAACCCAGCGCAGACAUGAGCAUGGUGAGUGAAGAAGACGAUGACGAGGAUGAGGAGGAAGGGAAAGCAGUAAUGCAGGCAGACGAGAAGAACAAGAACAACAAACCUGGUUUACAUGAUGUAAUGGUUUCACGUCGAGCUGACAGAGAGAGGAUUCCUGUCAGAUAUUGCAGCUUAGGCACUAGGGAUGCAGCCAGAGAUCCACACACGCUGGUGGAGCUCUCAGCGUUCUCAGCCAUCAACAGAUUCCAGCCGUUCAAUGUAGCCGUCUCCAGUAAUGUUCUGCUGCUAAUGGAUUUCCACUGUCACCUGACCACCAGUGAGGUGGUGGGGUACCUCGGAGGGCGAUGGGACACAAACACACAAUUGCUGACCGUCCUAAGGGCUUUCCCCUGUCGGACCAGGCUGGGAGACAGAGAUACCGCCUCCGCUGUUGAAGAGGAGAUCUGUCAGAACCUGUUCAUGCGUGGGCUGUCCUUGGUGGGCUGGUACCACAGUCACCCGCGGGGUCCGGCCUUGCCGUCGCUGCAGGACAUCGACUCCCAGAUGGACCAUCAGCUCAGGCUGCAGGGCUCAAACAACGGCUUCCAGCCCUGUCUGGGCAUCAUCUGUGGUCCAUAUUACCAUGGAAACCAAGGUGUGGCAUCCACAAUAACACCGUUCUGGGUCGUACCACCACCUGAGCAACGACCUAAUGACUAUGGUAUCCCUGUGGCUGUGGAAGUCACUUAUGUACAGGACAAUUUUCUCACCAGCGAUGUUCUCAACGAGAUGAUGCUUCUGGUUGAUUACUACAGGACAGCGCCAGAUCUUGUCCAGUUUAACCAGUACUGGUGUCCUGAGACGACCAUGAUGGACAAGAUAAAGGGCUCUCUGAGUUGCCACGCCCCUAAAGACCAGGCCUACUCGCAGAUCCUGGAGCACGUCUACAGCCAGCUGAGCAACACGCAGUGAGAUUUGCUCUGCAUGUCGUUCCAUUUCAAACACCUUAACUGACCUGACUGAUAUGACGCAAGAUCAAUUCUGCUUGAGAAGGUAGAUGCCUUGAAUGAUCUCAUGCUUGAGUGCUAAAAUUCAUUUAGCAUUAAACACACCUCUGGGACCUGGCGGGUGAAAGUAGCUGCUCUUUGUGGUUGUACUGUAUUUUAUGAGAGAAAUAAAAGUCUAACCAAACACAAUCAAUAAAAAAAAAAAUCAUAUUUAACUGGACACUAUAUGGAAAGCGGAAGACCUUCAGCAUUUUAUACAUGGACCUAUGUACCCUUGUGCUCAGAUAUUAAGAGAUAUGGUUGAUUGACACUGUUAAAUGUCUUGUAAUUGCCAUUAUAGACUCAAUGGGAAUAGUAGUUGUGGGUAAACAGUGAAAAGUAGAGUAAAGCACACACCAUCAAUGUAUGCAGUGGCAUCUGUGUCCCUGUUUGUGCUCCUGACGUCAUAUUUAAGGAUGGUGGUGCAAGUACAUCUGCUAGUUCAAUAAAACAAGUGUGUUUGUGUGUUAGGUGCGCAGUGUCGUGAAUGUGCACAUCUGCUGUCCUGUCAAGCUGUCUGAAACAUGAGCACUCUUUGUUAGGACAGAUAUUUGCUUCCUCUUGAACUGUACUGUAUUUAUUACUGUUGACUGUGUGGUUUACAUGUAUGCAGACAGAGCUAUGCCUUAAGCCUGCUGAUUGGUGACCCACUAGAUAUUAAAAUAUACACACUGGAACCAUAAAAA